AUGCUGCAAUUUCUAGCAUUCCUUCUUGUUUUUCCAUUUCUUGCGUCGGCCGCAAAGGAGCCUAUAUGCACUCAUGGCUUUACAUUAGUCAAGAACAGGUGUCUAAAACUGUUUCAUGAGCCAUUAAGCCACAAAAAUGCUGAGCGAGUCUGCUCCAAUUUUGGAGCAACGCUGGUCACUAUCAGGAAUAGUACGGAAAACCUAGAUGUAAUAGCUCUCUCCAACAAAGAACGCAAUGUUUGGAUUGGGUUGUUCUGUCUGAAAACGGACCUGUCAAGUUGUCUAUGGGAUGAUUCUUUGGGUUCCGCAGAAAAAUACAGCGGGUUUGAAUCUGAAGGAUUAAACAGCGAAAAAGGAAGAUGCGUGACUGUUAAUACUACAAGUGGAUAUUGGUCUAGCACUCAUUGCGAAAAAAAGGCCAAUAUGUUUGUUUGUGAACUUCCGACAACUUUUGAAGAUACCUGUCAACACAACUACAACGGCUUCUGCUAUAUACCGCACUCUCCGAAAUCAUUUAUUGGUGCUUUUACCACGUGUGAAAAAGAGUGUGGAGAAUUAGCUUCAAUUAACUCAGCAAAUGAGAAUCGAUAUUUAAACACUCUAGCAAGCAUCUUUUCGCCAAAUGAGAAUGUAUUCAUUGGAGCUGUUUGGCAGUCGUUUCAUGCGCCCAGAUCCGACUGGAAUUAUGAAAAAAUGGACCCAUUGCAUGAACGAGUAGAUGCGUGUGUUGUGGUUUCUGGAGAGCGGAGUAAGGUUUGGGGAUAUUGGUACACCGCAGAUUGCGAUAGUAAACAUAAGUUCUUCUGCAAACGCUCUGCUGGCUUGAAAUGUAAUGGUGACUUUGAAACGGUAACCGUUGCACCGUGGAUCUCAUACACAUGUAAUUCUUCACUAAUACUGACACCGGCAUCAGUUUCAUCUCCACGGAGCCAAGCUGGAGGCACUGAACGGAGCUAUUGCGAAUAUCAAGUUUUCACAACAGGAUCAAACAGUAUUUUGAUGACGUUUCUAAAUUUUGACAUGCACCCAUCGGAUGAUGAGCUGACGGUCUAUGAUGGAGAUUCGGCGAACAGUAGCUUAAUCGGAACUUUCAGUGGAAAAUAUGGUAAUGGCUUGUCUCUUGCAUCAAGUGGAAAUAAAAUGUUCGUAACAUUUCGAUCAAAUGGGACCAACAGUAAUUGGAGUGGAUUUGUAGCCAGGUUUACUGAGUUUUACUAUGCCAGUCCGAUGAACAAGUUAAUAUAAUUUAUUGAAUACUGUUCAAGUCUGUAUAUUUCAUGAACAUUUUUCUCACACUCUACCCAAUAAAUAUAACGUU